GGGAUGGAGGGAGAGAUGCAUCCCGCGGACGAGGGGCCCGGCGCGCCCAAGAUGUGCCGACAGGAGCGGGGUCCGUUCAGCAGCCUGAAGCCCUUCCAGAGCAAACGCUCGGCGGGCAAGUCGCGCUUUGACAGGUCGGCUGCGGUGGUGGAGGUGCCUCUGUUCGGCGACGGACAUCACUUCACUUUUCAUCCCGAGCAGCCUCAUCAUUUCCAGGCGCACCACAGCCAUUUCAACCACCAGCAGCACCAGCAGCGUGUGCAGCCGCUCCACCAGACCCCAGUCGCCAUCAGCAGCAGCAGCAGCAUCCAGCAUCAGCAGCAGCAUCAUCACCCGAUGCCCCAGCAGCAGCAUCAGCAUCAGCAUCAGCAGCAGCAUCGCCUCCCAUGUGAGAGCAGGCCCAGCAGCAGGGUCCCCUCAUCCUCAGCCUCUCUCGGUGCGCAACAGCGGCGCGUCGGCGGAUUGGAGCCCAGAUUGUCUCCAGACUGCAGCUACAGCAUCAGCUCAGAAAACCGUCUCAUCUUGGAUGCCUUCGCUCAGCAGUGCAGCCGAGUCCUCAGCCUCCUGAACAACGGUCGUCUCCUGGAGCCUUCAUCCUCCUUCGGCUCCAACAUCAAGCUGGAGGACGCUCAGGGGCUUCACUGCUCCUCACUGGGGAAGCCCAAACCCGAAGAAAGCUCGUCGACCACGGACCCAGAACAGGAGAAUCCACAAAGCCAUCAGAACCAACAACAGACCUCUGCCGUUCUGCGCAUCUUCACAGACUCCCUCCAGAGCUAUCUCCUCUCAGGGCCUCAGCAGCAGCAGCAGCAUCUGGCGGCAGGUCUGGAGGACGAGCCCGGUUCAGGGGUCUCUCCUCAGAGACACACCCUGGGAGGCUGGGGCUCGCCCACUCCGUCGGAGUCGUACGGCCACCCGUCGUCCACGCUGCCCGAGGAGGAAGAGGAGGAGGAGAACUGCUGUCCACGCUGCCUGGAGCUGGAGCAGGAGGUUUUGUCUCUGCAGCAGGAGAACGAGGAGCUCCGCAACAAGCUGGAGAACAUUCCAGCUCCCUGUCAAAAUGUUCUGGACUACUUCAAGACUGUUCUGGAGUUUCACAACCAGCUGAUCCAGCCGCUGCCGGAGGAGCAGCUCACAGAGGAAGAAGAACGGCAAACAGUCUUUGAGGGCAGUAAACAGCUCCUGGAGAACUACCCUCUGUUCAUCACAAACAAGCAGUGGGAUGAAGCCGUCAACUCCUCCAAGAAAGAUGGCCGCCGGCUGCUGCGCUACCUGAUACGCUACGUCUUCACCACGGACGAGCUGAAGUUCUCCUGCGGUCUGGGGAAGAGGAAGCGUUCAGUCCACUCGGGGGAGCCGGGCCUGGAGAGACGACCGCUCAACCCUGUCAAAGUCAGCUGCCUCAGAGAGUUCAUCCGGAUGCACUGUGCCUCAAACCCAGACUGGUGGAUGCCGUCAGAGGAGCAGAUCAACAAAGUGUUCAGCGACGCCGUCGGCCACGCUCGCCAGGGCCGGGCGGUCGGCACGUUCAUCGGCAGCAGUGGCAGCAGCACCAGCAGCCUCUACAUGGACAGCUUUGAAGGACACCUGUCACAGGACGAACUGUAUUUAAAAGGCUGCCAGAACGGCCAAUCGGAUUGAAGGUGCGAAAGAAAAAAUAGCCGAGAUGUAGCUGUACGACAACACAUAUCCCAAAACACUGACCUUAUCCUGUCACUUUACACAGUGAAGAAAACAUUCCAGAAGUUUCUCAUACCGAAAUAACGACUUUCCUCUUUUCAAAUAGUUUUCUAGCUUUUUUGCCAUUUUUAUACCUAAGUUUUUGUUUAGUGAAAAUCUGACUCUUGAGGUGCGUUUUAAAUUGAUACGAUUUUUAGUCUUCCAUUUACUGCUUGAGCUAUGGUUAGAAUUCUGAGCAGUUGUGUGACUUUCAAUGGAAUAUUUCUGUUUACUUCAUUUGGAGGUGGUGGAGGUUGUUUUGUGCACACAGGUUGUUUAAUUUUUUCAGGAAGCUGUUUGUGUUAAGACUCGUUAUUUCCCUCAGUGACAUUUCAAUCUCCAUCACCUCCAUCAUGGUAAGAAGCAUUUAAUACUCUCACGCAAACUUCUGCGUGUCGUCUGCGAAGCACUUUUACUUUACCCCUCUACAGGAGUGCCUCUGAAAGUUUUGUUCUGUCACCUGUAGUUUUGCACUUUGCAUCCACAUGUUUGUCCUCAUUUGAGCCACUUCUGACGUGUACAAGAUUAUUUCUAAAGUAGAAAAAUCGAUUUAAAAAGCAGUAUUUUUUACAAAAGCAAUUUCCCCUGGGCUGACAAAAACCUUCCUACGCAACUUCAGGAAAUUCAACAAAAACUCAAUAUGUCAAAUUGUAGAAAAUUAGGCAAACAGACAACGUAAGUCACGUAUUUGCCGCCUUUAAUACGGAAGUCUGAGGAGAAUAUUUUAGAAACACUCCCUUCUUACCUUGUUGAAGCGCCCUGAUAAAACUCGGGAUUAUCGAAUGUAAAAUUUUGGUUUAAAGCAGCCGCCAUAUUAAUAACGCUCUAAACUGCCACACUGUUAAAACUGCAUGUGUCAUAUAUCCUGUGACGAGGGUUGUUUUGGUCCCAACUUUGUGUUACAAACCUAAAGUUUAUUUUUACCUACAAAAAACAUCCACAUCUGAACGAUUCCAUGUUGAGAAAACUGAGUUCCUCUUUCUUCCUGAAGCUCUUAUUUGCACUUUGAUGCGUGUCAUUGUCCAUGAGCAGAAUUGUAGCAUUUCAUCUGAUUCUCUCCAUUGAAUUUUUGUUCUCUCCCUCAGCAACGUUGUUUUCUACGUUUUGAAUGUAGCUGAUUUCUCGGGUCAGUUUGCCACGUUGACAGUGCUGUGUACAAUGUGUAUUAUAAAGUACAGUUCUUGUGUGAGGUGUCCCUCUCUCUUUAAUAAGCCAAGUAGAAAAGUGCCACAGAAACCUUAACGCAGUUGGAUUCUGUUGUUGUGUUGCUGUGCUGAAUGUGAGCGUUUCUUUGUAUUUACUCCUCAAAGUUUAACAACACUGUGAAACAUAAUUUUUACAGAUCUGAUACCUUGCUUUUUUUAUUUAUGAUAAAUAAAAUGAUUUAUGA